CAUCUUGGGGCGCUGGGAGCGCUGCGUCGGUGGGCGGCCGCGGGAAGUGGGUGGGUAGUUAGGUAGCUGGGCCCGGUCCCGCGGUCUUGCCUCUCUCCUGUUCCACUCUGGGCCACGAUGCCGCAGUUCCAGACCUGGGAGGAGUUCAGCCGCGCGGCCGAGAAGCUCUACCUCGCCGACCCUAUGAAGGCACGCGUGGUUCUCAAAUAUAGGCAUUCAGAUGGGAGUUUGUGUAUUAAAGUAACAGAUGAUUUAGUUUGUUUGAUGUAUAGAACAGACCAAGCUCAAGAUGUGAAGAAGAUUGAGAAAUUCCACAGUCAACUAAUGCGACUUAUGGUAGCCAAGGAAUCCCGCAGUGUUGCCAUGGAAGCAGACUGAAUGGUUUGAAAUGAAGAUUCUGUCAUGUUAGGAAGUAAAUAUCUUUUGAAUUUGAGAAAAUGUUGGAACAGAAACUACUUUAUGUAACUAAGUGGAGUAUUCAAAAGCCAAGAGAUCAUUUUUUGUAUUUUCUUUUUAAUGUUUACUUUAGAGAGCUAGGAAUGUAAAUGGUUUAAAUUAGAAAACCUUUAUUUAUUUUUGGAAAUUGAACAAGAAUUACAUCUAUCUUGGAAACUUUUUGUGGAUUGUUUGAUGUUGGGUAAAAUAUAUAAUUCUUUGAUAAAUUUGUAUCAGUAAUUUGAAAAUGAGAUAUCAAGAAAAGCCAGUUCUUCCAUCAAUUUAGUUGCUCUAUCUUUAAAAGAAAAUGAAAUGUAACCAUUUUGAUAGAUCAAUAUAUUUCUUUUGGAACAUAAAAUUUGUGCUGUUGAUGACCAAGAAAUAUAAAAUAUGGUAACUGGAAUUAACUGUAUACCAUAAUAUACCUGAUUAUGUAUAAUAGUGUAGUCUUAUUAUAUCUUAAAAAGUAAAAAUGAGUAACAAGUAUGCUUUACCUUAAUCUUUCCAGAUUUAAGCUAUAAUUUUUAGUGUAAGAGAUUUGUGGUAUCAUCACCUUAUUGAGCAAUGACUAGCUUUGCAAAAACUGGUUUUCAGUGAUCAGAAACAACAGCAGUUAUUUGAAUGCAUGAAUGGAAUGGUAAUCAUUAUAAUGGACUGAAACCACCAUAGUACAGAAAUAUUUACUACAUAUUUUUCAGCUAUAGUUUCUCAGAAGGGCUAAGGAUUAUUCAAACCAUUAAAUCUUUGCUUACCUCAGACACCCCUGCCCGUUUUCUCUCUUUACUUAACUAAGCAUGACUGUCACAACUGUUAUAUUUUCCAGUAAACCAUAAAUGUGGUAUUAUUUGAUAUUUAUCUUAUAUUUGUAAGCUGAAUUUUGCCACCUAAAUGUAACGUUCACAUGCUGAUUCUUCAAGAAUAAAAUGAAGGCACUACCUUAAAAUAGCUUUUGAAGAAAUUUGUCAUGUUCACCAAUAUGUUAGCAUAGGAAGUUCUAUUAACCAUAUGAAUUUUGGGAUGUUUCAGAGAAGUCAGCAAAUAAAAUACUACACAAAUAUAUAUUGUUUGUUGACCUUUUUAACUUCUCAAGAAUUACUGAUUUCUUGACUGAGAUAACUAUAUAGUCUAAAGUGAACUUAGUGAUAUUGAAAGUAAGUUUUUUUGGUUGUUAUUUUUGUUUCUUAGUACUUUUUAUCAUGUGACUUUUUCUGAGCUGUAUGUUGAUGACAUGGUUGUUUCCUUGAAUUAGGAAAGUAGCAUCAUGCAGUGUAGGGUUAUUUUGGCUUUGGAUUUUUUCCCCCCCAGAAUUAAUGGAUCACUAUAGUUGUGGGGGAAGUUCAGCCUUUUUUUUCUCAUUUUCAUCUACUUUUUAACACUGUGGAGAUGACCUGGAAGGGAAGGACUGGUGUUUGGGUUCCUUGUAACCUGUAGCAGAGUGGUUAAGAGCAGAGAUUCCAAGUCAGACUGCCUGGGUUGUAAUCUUGGCUCCACCUUUUCCCAACUCUGUGGUCUUAGACAAGAUACUUCUUUCAGCCUUCAUUUUCUUCUCUGGAAAUGGGGCAAACAAUCUUAUCUUCCUUGUAGGACUACUAGGAUUAAAUGGCAUGAUCCAUUUUAAGCUUUUGACACAGUGCUUAGAAUGUAGUAAAGCUUAAUAAAUUGUAGUGGCUAUCAUUGUUUUGAUUCCUAUUUUUCAGGGGAGAGGGUAUAAGUAACCAGCUCUUACUAUGUUUUCUCAUAAUUUUAAAGGAGUAAGAUUAUUUACAGGUAAUAUCUGCUUUUUCUGCUGAGCUAUGCCGUUUAUUAAAUGUCAUUUUUUUUGUAGUUGGGAAACAAAACAAAACUGCCUCCAUGGAAAAUGUGCUUUUUGUGCUUAUGUGGGGGGAAAUUGAAAUCCUUAAAUUUAAAGCUUGUGUUUGUGUCUGUACAAAAUAAAAUAAUUAAGAGAACUAAUUGAUGAUAAAAAGUA